CAACAUGUGUUUCACAUUUGCAAUGGCUGGAUGGGAGGGCAGCGCACAUGAUAGUAGAAUCUUCAAAAUUGCAACGAGAAAUCCGGAGUACAAUUUUCCUCACCCACCACAGGGGAAGUACUAUUUGGUCGAUGCUGGCUACCCAAUGCAGAGGGGGUACCUUAAACCCUAUCCGGACAUAAGGUAUCAUCUUCCAGAUUUUCAGAGAGCCAGCAAUCGUACGAGAAACAGAAAAGAGGUCUUUAAUAGAAGACAUUCAUCCUUACGAGGCGUUAUUGAGAGGACUUUUGGAGUUUGGAAGAAAAUAUGGGUAAUACUACGAGAUAUGCCACAUUAUCCAUUUCCAACAGGUGCAGGUAGUGUCAGCCACUCUGGCCCUCACUAA